UCUUUAAGAAGACGUAUUACUUAUUAGUUUAUUUAAAGCGUUCGUUGAGUCCUUAAAGACUCGCAGACCCGUCCUUGGAAGUAGCAGCAUCACCAUCAUCACUCCCACACAUUGCUAUAUGGAACCGCCUCUUUUCCUUUUCCCUUUUCAGGGAGAAAAUUUCUUUUUGUUCAAACCCAUUUCUCAAGAAAAUCUCUGAACCAGGUAUGCCUUCUUUCAUUCGACCUGAUCUCCUUCGACUUUCCUCUUACUAGGGGAUUCCUGUAUAAAUGGGAAUGCGGAGAUGGGUGAUCCAAAUUUAGGUUCUUUUCUGCAUUUUAUGAGCUAUAUAUUGGUUAGCUGAGGUAGAAGUUACGCUCGAAGAUAUGGGUGACUCGAAGAGCCUAUAUGUUCUCUGGGUUGUAUGUGUUUCCUGUGUUCCACUCAUUGUAUUUGCUUUUUUUACUCCUGAAGAUGGUCUUUUUAUUGAUUGUGGUGGAAGUAAGGCACUAAAACUCGAUGAUGGACGGGUUUUUGAGCCCGAUUCUGGGCAUCGAUAUGUGGGUUUGUCUCCACAUUCCCACAUUGUGGUUUCUGAGACUGGAGUGGGCGACUCAAAUGACUCAGUUCUGUAUCAUUCUGCUCGUGUUUUCAAAGAAACUUCGACUUAUACUAUUAUUACUCAGCAGAUUGGCCGCCAUUGGCUACGGUUGCAUUUGCAUCCAGUUGAGAAUCCACGUUAUCAUCUGAAAUCCGCUGUUUUUUCAGUUGUGGCUAAUGGAAUUGCUCUGCUUCACGGGUUUUCAUUUUCGAAGUUGGGCAAAAUGUCCGGUCUUCUUAAGGAAUAUGUAAUCGAAGUGGGUGGUUCAAGUCCAGAAAAGUUGGUGCUGAUCUUGUCUCCAUGGAAUGGUUCAAUUGCAUUUAUCAAUGGGAUAGAAGUUGUAUCGAUACCGGAUGGGCAACUCCCUUCCAGUGCAAUGCCUGUUCCACUGGGUCCCGCAGUUAAUAUCCCCACUCAUGUAGCUUUUGAGACAGCUUAUAGAGUUAAUAUGGGAGGUCCACUUAUAACUCCCAACAACGAUUCACAAUUUAGGAUAUGGGAACCAGAUCAAUCCUUUCUUGUCAAUGCUGCUUCAGCCCGGAAUGUAACAGUCAAUCCUAGUUCAAUUAAAUACCUCAAUGGGGUCUCUGUCGAAAUUGCACCAAAUUGGGUUUAUUCGACAGCACAAGAAAUGGCAGAUGCAAAUGUAAUUGACCAGAUAUUUAACAUUUCAUGGGCAUUUGAAGUAGAACCUAUGUUUCCCUAUCUGAUUAGGUUGCAUUUUUGUGACAUUGUUAGCCUAACUCUUGAUACUUUAGUUUUCAAUGUGUAUAUAAACAACCAAUCUGCUCUGGAGUCUUUUGAUAUCUCAAGCAAAACAACGGAAUUAUCAGCUGCUUACUUUGUAGACUUCGUUGCCAAUGUUUCAGCGGGCUUGAAUCGGGUUCUUGUCCAAGUAGGUCCUCCUAUUAUGAGGAAUUUUCCACCGAAUGCAAUUCUAAAUGGUUUGGAGAUAAUGAAAAUGAGUGAUCCCCGUGACAGCCUUGUCGGGAAUCUUAGUCAAGAUUACAUUGAUUCCAAUACCCCCAAGACAAACAAGUGGGUACUGCUGGCAGUUACUUUUUCAGUUGGUUUUGCAGUUUUGGUGCUCAUCUCUGUGGCUUUUUACCUCUAUUUGCGCCAUCCAAAGAAGCCAAGACAUCAGACCUCCGUUUGGGUGCCACUGACCGCACAUGUGGGGAAUUCUGAUAGCAAAGUUUCAGUUGGUAGCUUUGCUUCAGCAGCACAUUCUCUUGGUUUAGGCCGUGUUCUAGCUUUCUCUGAGAUUUGUGAAGCAACAAAGAACUUUGAUGAAAGCUUGGUUUUAGGUGUGGGGGGUUUUGGAAAGGUUUAUAAAGGAGUGUUAGAAUGUGGUGUUGUUGUUGCUGUAAAGCGAGGAAACCCCCAAUCGCAGCAAGGAUUUACCGAAUUUAGAACAGAAAUUGUGAUGCUCUCUAAACUCCGACACAGGCACCUAGUUUCUCUGAUUGGCUACUGUGAUGAGUUCGAUGAGAUGAUCAUUGUCUAUGAGUUCAUGGCUGGAGGUCCUCUCCGUAAGCACUUGUAUGGCUCAGAUCUUCCCCCACUAACUUGGAACCAAAGGCUUCAAGUCUGCAUUGGAGCUGCAAAAGGUUUGCACUACCUUCAUACUGGAGCAGCGGAGAGUAUUAUCCACCGUGAUGUUAAAACAACUAACAUACUGCUGGAUGAAAAUCUCAUUGCAAAAGUGGCAGAUUUUGGAUUGUCUAAAUUAGGCCCCACUCUGGAUCAAACCCAUGUGAGUACUGCAGUAAAGGGGAGCUUCGGGUACCUCGAUCCUGAGUACUUUCGUCGACAACAACUCACAGAGAAAUCUGAUGUGUAUUCUUUUGGAGUUGUACUGAUGGAGGUGUUAUUUGCUAGGCCAGCAAUAAACCCUGCUCUUCCUAGAGAUCAGGUUAACAUAGCAGAAUGGGCAAUGAACUGGCAAAAGAGGGGGAAGUUAGAGAAGGUAAUAGAUCCCCAUCUUGUAGGAUCUGUUAAUCUCGAAUCACUGCGAAAAUUUGGUGAAACAGCAGAGAAGUGCCUUGCUGAACAUGGGACUGAGAGGCCAACAAUGGGAGAUGUCUUAUGGAAUUUGGAGUAUGCUCUUCAGCUACAAGAGGCUUCUAUACAAAUGGUAUCGGCUGAGAAUAGUGCAAAUUAUAUUCCUGAUGUUCCUGAAUGGGUUUCCCAAAUUCAACCUGCUGAAGGUGAUGGUGCUGACACUAUAAGCUACCAAGAAUCUGAUACAACUUCAAACGGAGUAUUUUCACAGUUGCUGGAUCCAAAGGGAAGAUAGUUCUGCAAGGAACAAGCCACCAAGACUCAAUUUUUACUACGAAUAUGAUGGUGCCUGUCUUUUACCACGAAUAUAAAUUUUUCUCGAUCAAAAAUGGUAUUAUUCAUCUUAAGUUUGGUCAUUCCGUACAAUAUUUGCUGAUGUAACAUAUUCAUCUUAAGUUUAAUGACAACCACUUAGAAUAUAUUACAUCAACAAAUGUGAUUGCGGAUGACAAAGUCUAGAAUUAGUAGCAUUAAUUACUCUGUUUCCAAUUCGGCAAAUCUCAUAUAACUAUUCAAUAUUUAUGGCCAGUCGCUCCAAUAGGCCAAUCUGUUGUAAA